ACGAGUCGACUCAUAAAAGGGCCGCUCGUCGUCGUCCUCCACACAUCCUCAUCAUCGAGCGGCACCACUGCAAAGAUGGCAUUUGCUCUUCGCUCCUUGCUUCUCUUCUGUGGGAUCAGUGCACUCUUGACUGGAGUCUGGUCGGUUGCCAACGUGUCAAUUCCUGGCUGUCCGACUGGUUGGGAUCGGUUGAACGACCGCUGCUUCAUCUACCGAACCACCUCACUUUCCUUUGCAGCUGCAGAGGAAGCCUGCAACAAUGCUGGUGGGAAUCUGGCCACCAUCCGAAAUGCAGUGGAAGAUGCACUAGCUUUCCAACUGAUUAGGAAUGCUAAUAGUGGUUUGAUUGUCGACAGCUGGAUUGGACAUCAUGAUGGAAUUGAGGAGGGUGACUUCAUUUUGGUGGAUGGCGUAGAUUCCAAGUUCGAAAACUUCAGAGAACCCAACCAGCCAGAUAACUUUUUAAACGAAGACUGUGUCGAGAUUGAUGAUGAAGGUGACUGGAAUGAUGACAGCUGCACAGAUACACAGCCUUUCCUUUGCGCCAUCAACCUUUGGUAAAGAAUCAGCAUGACAACUGUUACAUCUGGAACUCCCUGGAAUAUCUUUUCCUCCAUCUUUUGAUGCAUUCUGUUAGUCAAGAUCAAUUUUAAGUGGUGUCUUUAACUGGAUCUACUACGAAGUAUUUUCUUCUUUUUCUCCCCAAAAUUUGGUAUCUCUACAAUAAAUGAAGGAAUCUGUCUGUGCAUCAAA